AUGCCUCGGAGGGCUUGGCGCUUUCUCCUCGUGGCGCUGGCCCUGAGCCUUAGGCUCCCCUGGAGUCUCUCUGCGGUGCCAGCGGGUGUCGGAGUGAGUCCGAAAAAUCGGCAUCUUUCGCCCUAUGAGCGUCUCCUCGUGAACAUCAUGAAAGAUGCUGGCUUACAAGGUCGAUGGUCGGAGGUGCAGCGUUAUUGGGGUGGCUACAAUGGCACCGCUUUGGAGGUUUACCAUGCGGCCAUGGGGGCAGCCUACAGCUGUGGGCAGUAUGAGCAUGGGGCCACCAUAUUUAAGAAACGAUUUAACACUAACGCAGCCGAAGUGGACCUGAACUUCUUGUUGACCGGCUUGAAGAUCUUCACAAAGCUGCGGGACAGGCUGCAGACAGAGGCCAUUUGGCAGCAAAUUGAGACGAAAGGCUGGGCGAAGGAUGUUGAUGCCACUACCACGCUUCAAGCAUCUAUUCUCCUUGGCAACAUCUCAUUGGCUGCUUCUGCGCUAGACAUUGUACGCAACCAGCGUAUGCUGCCGGACCGCCUUCAUUGCUCCAAGGCCAUACUGGCAUGUACGAUGUCGGAUCAGAAAGGCAAGCACAUGGCAGCAGCAUAUUUUCUUGAUUACAUGAUGCAGGAGAGACUGCAGCCGGACACAUUGACCUUGCUCAACACCCUUGCAGCACAUCGGACAGCCUCCCCUCAGGAGAUAGACGGGGUGUUUGAGAAGAUGGCGCUGGCUCGCCUAGAACCCGGCGCCACCGUGACAGAGGCCUACGUGAAAGCCAUGUUCCAGGGUCGGCUGAGAAACAUCUCGAGUUCUGAGGAUGUUGAAAAGAGCCUGGCUGGAGUCAGCCCAGAGAGGCUACAGGCAGCGCGGUCAUUUUUGGAAAACCCGGCCAGCCCGAACAGACGGACGAAACUGACGAGACUGGUGAUGGAGUUCUAUGGGCUCACAUAA